AGACAACCUCAUACUUACAGAAGCUUUCUAGUCCAAGCUCAAGCCAGCAGGGAGAGUUAUUACAAAAUGUGGAGGCUGAGGAUCGGAGCUAAGGCAGGAGAUGACCCUCACUUGUGCACCACCAACAACUUCUUGGGAAGGCAGAUAUGGGAGUUUGAUGCCAACGCAGGCUCUCCAGCGGAACUCUCUGAGGUUGAUCAGGCUCGACAAAAUUUCUCAAACAAUAGGUCACAAUACAAGGCUUGUGCCGAUCUCCUUUGGCGUAUGCAGUUUCUAAGGGAGAAGAAUUUCGAGCAAAAGAUUCCACGAGUGAGAAUAGAGGAUGCCAAGAAAAUAACAUUUGAAGACGCAAAAAAUACACUGAGAAGAGGAAUACAUUAUAUGGCAGCGUUGCAAUCUGAUGAUGGACAUUGGCCUUCCGAAAACGCUGGUUGCAUUUUCUUCAAUGCCCCCUUUGUUAUAUGUUUGUAUAUCACUGGCCAUCUGGAUAAAGUUUUCUCUGAAGAGCAUCGGAAAGAGAUGUUGCGUUACAUGUACAACCAUCAGAACGACGAUGGUGGAUGGGGAAUAGACGUAGAAAGCCAUAGUUUUAUGUUUUGCACGGUCAUCAACUACAUCUGCCUACGAAUCUUCGGAGUAGAUCCCGAUCAUGAUGGUGAAAGUGCUUGUGCAAGGGCUCGUAAAUGGAUCAUUGACCACGGUGGCGCUACCUAUACGCCAUUAUUUGGAAAAGCCUGGCUUUCGGUUCUUGGAGUAUAUGAAUGGUCUGGUUGCAAACCCAUACCCCCAGAGUUCUGGUUUUUUCCUUCCUAUUUUCCUAUUAAUGGAGGCACUCUCUGGAUAUAUUUACGGGAUACUUUCAUGGCAAUGUCCUAUUUGUAUGGUAAAAAAUUUGUUGCUAAACCAACACCUCUCAUUCUACAACUUCGUGAAGAACUUUAUCCUCAACCUUAUGCUGAAAUUGUUUGGAGCCAAGCUCGCAGUCGAUGUGCGAAGGAAGAUCUAUAUUAUCCACAAUCAUUGGUACAAGACUUGUUUUGGAAACUUGUUCACAUGUUUUCGGAGAAUAUCUUAAAUCGAUGGCCUUUCAACAAGCUCAUUAGAGAAAAAGCUAUUCGAACGGCAAUGGAACUCAUUCACUACCAUGACGAAGCCACCCGGUACAUUACAGGUGGAGCAGUGCCAAAGGUGUUUCAUAUGCUUGCUUGUUGGGUUGAAGAUCCAGAGAGUGAUUAUUUUAAAAAACAUCUUGCGCGAGUCUCUCAUUUCAUAUGGAUUGCGGAGGACGGCUUGAAAAUCCAGACUUUUGGUAGCCAAAUAUGGGAUACAGCCUUCGUUCUCCAAGUCAUGUUAGCGGCUGAUGUUGACGAUGAGAUAAGGCCAACGCUCAUAAAGGGAUACUCUUACUUGAGGAAAUCCCAAUUUACAGAGAAUCCUCCCGGUGACUAUAUCAAUAUGUUUAGAGACAUAUCCAAAGGAGGGUGGGGCUAUUCAGACAAAGAUCAAGGAUGGCCUGUUUCAGAUUGUAUUUCUGAGAGUUUAGAGUGCUGCCUGAUCUUUGAGAGUAUGUCAUCCGAAUUCAUUGGUGAGAAAAUGGAAGUGGAGAGGCUUUAUGAUGCCGUCAAUAUGCUUCUCUAUAUGCAGAGCAGAAAUGGAGGGAUAUCUAUAUGGGAAGCAGCGAGUGGGAAAAAAUGGCUAGAGUGGCUUAGUCCCAUAGAGUUUAUUGAAGACACUAUCCUCGAGCAUGAGUAUCUAGAAUGCACGGGGUCAGCGAUAGUGGUGUUGGCACGCUUCAUGAAACAGUUUCCAGGGCAUAGAACAGAAGAAGUCAAAAAAUUUAUAACAAAGGGAGUGAAAUACAUAGAAAGCUUACAAAUUGCGGAUGGUUCGUGGUACGGAAACUGGGGAAUAUGUUUUAUAUAUGGGACUUUCUUUGCUGUCCGAGGUUUAGUGGCCGCGGGAAACACUUACGAUAACUGUGAGGCAAUCCGUAGAGCAGUUCGAUUCCUUCUUGAUAUACAAAACGGUGAAGGCGGUUGGGGAGAGAGUUUUCUUUCUUGCCCCAACAAAAAUUAUAUUCCUUUGGAGGGGAACAAGACCGAUGUGGUGAAUACAGGACAAGCAUUGAUGGUUCUAAUAAUGGGUGGUCAGAUGGAUAGAGAUCCUUUACCGGUUCACCGCGCUGCAAAAGUAUUAAUCAAUUCACAAAUGGAUAACGGUGAUUUUCCACAGCAGGAAAUAAGGGGUGUUUACAAAAUGAAUGUGAUGCUAAAUUUUCCAACCUUUAGAAACUCUUUCACUCUUUGGGCACUAACACACUACACCAAGGCUAUACGGUUGCUCCUUUGAUGAUGACCAUACAUCUGAAGCUCAUCACCCGUGUUAUACUGUUUUCAUUUAUCUCCUUCUUGUAUUUUUCAAUGUAAGAAGUUCAUUUACUUUCUUGUUUUAC